AUGGAUCGUGCUCUGCUGGCAGGGGCAGCGGCAAUGGGCGUUGGAAAUGCAGGUGCAGCGGCAACGGGCAUUGGAAAUGCAGUUGAGGCCCGUUUGAAAACACCAACAGGGUCCAGGUUAGCCGAACUGAGGGUUGUGGCAGCGGCAAUGGGCAUUGGAAAUGCAGUUGAGGGGAAUGCGGCGAACGCCAGUGGAUUCAAGAAGAAGAAGGCUUCAACUGUACAGAAGGGUCUCUCCUUCGAUGCCGAAAUGAUAUGGAUGUCCAAAGUGCCAAAUGAUCUCUGGGACAACUACAACACCAAAGACCGCGUUAAACGAUUCUAUGAAGGAACUGAAGCUAUCUACGAACUGUCUUGGGGGACAUCAACAAGUCUCAUGGUGCAUGAGAAGGAUUUCGACGGCGACGUGAAGGAAACUAUGAAAGCGGUGUGCUUCUUGGCUGACUUUCGAGACUCCGAGGAGUUGACGUUGAAAGCGGAGAAGGUUGUUGACCCCAAGAAGGCUGCAGCAGCAGCUGGUGUCAAACUACUCCCUUCAACCAGGAAAGCCAUGGUGAUCGAACUCUUUCUGGAACACAGGUGCAAAGAGGAAUUGCAAAACUCCAUACAAGUUUAUCGGCAGAAGCACGGCAAAGAUGCUACAGCAGAAACAGCACAAAUUGAAACAGUUGCAGAAGCAGUGCAGGGUCCUAAGCCAGACGCAGAAACAAGUGAAGUCACUAACAUGGACCAAACAGCAACAACAGCAGCAGCAGCAGAGACAGCAGAGACAACAUCACAACCUGCCAGCGUACCAGCAAAUGAAUCAGACAAGAAGCAGCCAAAAGCAAAGAAAAACAAAGAGAAGGAACCAGCGUCCAGCAGCAAGCUACCGGCAGGAAAGCCUUCUAACCAGAAAGAAGCAAAAACUGAGAAGAAAUCACAAGGUAGCAGCAAAGACACAAAAACAAGCAAAGCAACCGAAACGAUUUCAGCAGCAAAGCAAGCCAAGAUAGCCAAGGAAGAGAAAUGGAACAAAUUAGUGGCUGAGAAAAUCAAACAGACACAGAUUGAGCAUGGCCUUAUUGAACCGGAAGCCAGCGCCACACAAGAAGUUCAGGACAAGCAGGUAGAUCUUGGAGCACCAAUCAAAAAAGAGCCAGGGGCCUCCAAGCGCUCAACUGAAGCACCAGCAAGCGAAAAGAUCAAAAAGACUAGCCUUGACAGCCAAAAAAGCAAAUCAGCAGAAUCUGUGACAAGCAGCGCAGCUAACAUAGAUCUUGGAAAACAAGCCAAAAAAGAGCCAGGGGUCUCCCAGCCCAAAACUGAAGCACAAGCUAGCAAAAAGACAGCGCUUCCCAAAGCGGUUAGCUCUGACAGCCAAAAAAGCAAAGCAGCAAAAUCUGUGGCAAACAGCAGUGCUAACAUGGACGCCAGCGCAGCAGAAGCAACAGCAGGCACAAAAACUCCAGCUUUGGUUGUGGCCACUGACAUGGUUUCAAGUGAGCCUGCAACCGGAUCGGCAGCAGCCGGUGCACCAGAAUCGUCAGAAUUUGCAGCAGGCAGCGCUGAUGCGCCCCCUGUGCCGGAGCCAGACGUCACCGACAUGUUUGGGCCAGAUAGCAAUGUUGACACCAAGGUCACAGAGGACAACAAUUCGAAAGCUUUGUUCACAGCUUGUGAUCUAGUGGUCCCUGGGAUUGCUGUGAAAAAAAUGAAACAAGCAAUUGAUGACAAUCCUGGGUCACUCUUUGUCGCAGUUCUCGGUGCGGACUUGGCAAAAUCUUAUCGUGCUGAGAAGCCAGGGGUUUCCAAAAUGGUUCUGGGUGACUUGAACAAGUACGACGAGUCUUUCUGGACAAGAGCUUCUACCCACUUGAAGAAAGAUCAGAAGUUUAUGGAACAUUGCCCGGUGAGUUUGUCUCCUUCUGAGCAUUACUUCUACCUUGAGAUUCCACGUGACACUCCCCUGGGAACUGGUGAGAAAGAUUUCUCCAAUGUUACGUUUGGUGCCUAUGACAUGGAUGGCAAACUUCUUGAUCCUCCCCCAGAAGUCUACAUUGUUCCACAUGGUAGACUUGGAGUUCUCAAAGGUGGUUUGUACAAUAUCAGUGACAUCCGUGAUCCUCUCACGAAAGCGGACGUGGCUGAACUGGCUGUCGAGACUACGAGAAGCCAUCUGGAUCGAAAGAGGAGAACCUUGGAGGCUGUAGAGAAGGAGGUCGAGCACAAGCGGAUGCGCCAAUUGUCGAGUCUUGGAGAGCUUCAGGAGGUUGAGGGCAAAGCUGUGGAGAAAAAAGACCAUUUGACCAAGCUGUUGCUUGCUUGGCGAAAAGUUCUUGAAAAGAUGACAGAUAGAAACCGGGAAGAGAAAGAUGAGGGUCAGCCUUGGGUGGAAUUUUUGACCUCACUGGUUGGUGGUGCAAACCUGGAGGCCCCAUCCAUUUUCCUGAACAAAGACAUGGCCUAUGUUGAUAUGAUUACGCACAUCGGAGGCAGGAUCAAUGCACUUCAGGCCCAAGUGAACAAAGCGACAAAUGAAGCCAAUAGACUGAGCAAUCGCACGUUACGAAAGGAGGCAGCAAACACCAAGCUUCAAGAGAAACUGAAAAGGAAGGUAAAGGCAGUGUUCGAAGAGCCUGAAGUGGUUGAAGAGCAGAAAGCUUCCAAGAAGUACUUUAGACGCAGGCAGCAAUGGCAUGCGAGGCGUGCUCUCCGCAAAGGAAGGCGCAAGGAAGGGAAGCGUGGUGCUAGGAAGACUAUGGAUGAUGGUGUUUUCCCCAACGAGUUGAACCAAACCCGGAGGUCUAUCACGAUUCAAGACAAACUGAAAGUUCUCGAGCUGUAUGACAAACUCAAGGCACAGAAGGAUGAGGCAGCAAAGGGAUUGUUGGAGCCAAGACCAGGUGGUGCCACCAGGCAAGUCUUGAAACAACACUUUGAGAAAAUGAAGAAGUUGAAAAAAGACUUAGCAAAAUCCAUCCAGAAAGAGUGCAAAGCAGCCUUUCCUGAUGUGGUUGGAGGUGCCCAGGUCUGGAAAUGGAAAAGAAGGAGUGAAGCCGAGGCCUGGCACCAGUUGCCAGAAGCCGUUCGGAGCCGUGCAGCGGCCACCAACAACAUGUGGCGCUCAAAACUGAAGCUGUCGCUGAAGGGCCAGCACACUGGGAGCACUAUCCCAUAUCAGAUCCAGAGGGAGCUGGACCUCCUGAUCAUGGAAAUGACUUCUGGAAUGUCAGACGUCUCCGAGCGGAAGGAGAUUGUGGAUGUCGAGAGCAUUGCAGAGACAAUCAACAGCUUGAUCGAUGACUGGAACUCCUCCUUGGAUGCUUCUGUUGCAUUGGUGACCGAGCACAAUGCCAAACUUCAGUCUGACUUUGAGCAAGGGCUUUUGUCUGCUGAGGCUGUGCUGACGGCAGUUCAGCCAGUUCCAGUAAGGAUCCGCUAUCCAACCCCAUCAUGGAUAAGAUGGUGGAAAUCAAGUUGGGGGUGGACACUCCUGAGUCGAGGAGGAGAUGAACAAGGGUGGCUACCCUAUUCCCAUCCAGACAUGGCUGCUGCCCGUCUUGACACAAAGCGGCUCUUUAGUGAGGACGGCUGCCACAAGUGGCUAUGCUUGAACUAUGACCAGAUCUGGAGGAACGCUUUCACCCUGCAGAAGACUCGUCUCCUUUGGAAAGACCGUUCCUCUGCUGGAAAGAAAAGCUCAAAGAAGAAGAUGCGCGCCCGUGGUGACAAGAAAGUCCACGCCAUUCGUGGCGCAAGGAGGUCGAUAACAGUCCUGACAUCAAGCUGGUCAGACGGCCGACCAGGCCCAUUUGCCUACUGCCUUCCGGAAGGAAGGCUUAGUGGUGCAGAAAUGGCUUCUUGGAACAAGCAGAACAGAGGGAGAAGCUAUAGCAUUUCCAGUGGCAGCAGCACACAUUUCAUGUGUGCAGAAAGCCUUGCAAUCAUUUUGGAGCAGCUCUAUGGCCCAGCAUUUGAGCUACAAAGAAAGCGGUAUGGAUUGUCCUUGGAGGACAAAGGAGCAUUGCUUUGUGAUGCUUGGACUGGAUCAUAUAGCAAAGCAGGAUUUGAGAACCUUGACUUGAAGCCUUCCGGCCAGGUGGCUGCAUCUGUCAUGUCCUACCCUGACAUCAUGCACCACUCCACACUUGCAUGGGAAGAGGUGAGCUUGGACGUGUUCCGGGCCGCAUGGGUGGUGUGCGGCUACGUUGAGAUGGAUCAUUUUGCGGGCAGUGAGAGCCCAACCGUCUUCGACAGCGUUGGUGCUGCUAAGCACAUUCUGGAGCCAUGCGGGGUCCUUGAUGGCUCGACCCUCAUGGCCACGCCCCAGUAUUGCCCCACCAUGGAUUGGAGAAUUCAGGAUGCUACAGACCUCGAAAAGUUCCAUUCUCUACCGUAUGAAGUGGCACAUGCCGUUGUCAGAACGCUCUGCCAGCACACACAUGCCUACCUCGCAGCGAAAGAGCUGCACUCCAAUCUCAUCAAGGGUGAUCCAGGUAUGAAGAAAGCGAAGACAAAAAAGAGUUUGGAUGAAAUGAAACGGCUGGAGGCAUGUGAUCGCUUCUGUGUGCUGAACCGGCGCACAGGCUUCGUAGCGACGGCCGACUGGUUGAACAAACACAUCAAGGUCAACUCUGAUGGCCGGCCGGAACUCAAAAAACCGGAAUCGAAAUGCAAUCCUUGGAUCCUAACUUUGAGGGUGAAGGUGGAAGGGCUACAUGUUAGCCUGCAAUUGCGGCCUGCAAGCAACAAGCCAUUUCGGGCUAUCAAGUGCUUUGACCUUCGGCAGGGGUGUGAAAAGACCCUGUUGUCUGCUUUGACAUCUGGCUAUGAGCACCUGUUUUCUUCGGAGGAUGAUGAGUCGGAUCAUGGCUCGGCAGGAUCGCUUGGCGAAUUCGACGAGGGUGAGAAGGAGGAUGACGAUGACUCCAUUCCGGGAGACGAAGCAGGUUUGGAAGGACAGAUGAAUGCCCAUAUGGUGGACAUGCAGAUGGAUCCUGCCCCUGAGACAAAGGCAGGUUCUGAAGACCCUGGAAAAGUCUGGGUUCCACAGGAAGCUGCCAUGAAGGACAUUUCUACCACGGUGGAGAAGAAAUCCGACAAGAAAAGUGAAGAUGAAGAGAAUGUGAUUUCUGAACAGGAUAUGAUUUCUGUUAUCCAUGACAAAAGCGGUGUCAAAAGACAAUAUGUUCCCCCAUCAUAUUUUGAGCGUGGGUCAUUCUGUAUGCUGGAACUAAAAGGGUUGGAGAAAAUUCCCUUGGCCAGCGGAUUCACGCUUUCGUGCCACACGCAGAGUGGGCAGUGGCAUGCAAGAUGGAUGCGUGAACCACCUGGGAGCACCCAAAACUUUGCUCCCACGUGGGGAAUUCAGCGAUCGGAGCUGAAAGCUCUAUGCAUGGCUUUAGUCCAGCUCUGGGACUGGUACCUUUCAGUUCAUGAUGACACUGAGGGGAAAGAGCAUCUGAAACGUCUCAGGGAAUACACCGAUGAGAUUUUAUUCUAG